GGGGGGAUUGGCAGUUCGUGCCUUGGUGAGCGCCAUUUUUUAUUUUAUUUUUUUCAUGGCUAUUGACCAUAGAGCCGCAGUUUGAUGGUGUGGUCUCCGCAAUCCGACGUCAUUCCGGCGGUCCUCAGGCGAUUUAAGCCGUGCUUACGGAGGCUUCUUUGACAGGAUCUUGACGAUCCGGAGGAGUUGUGGAGGGUCGGUGGCCGAUUGAAGCUAGUUUAGCUACUCAUGGCGUUGGUCGAAGGAGGUAAAAACGAAAACGUCGUGUCAGGAAUAUGGCGGGAUCGUUGUUGCUAUAGGAACUUUUACUGAAUACCUUGUUACGAUUCUGAUUCGCUUUCUUGGAUCUGGAGUAGCGUUGGCUUGGAUCCGUGAGGCAUUUUUGGCAAUAUUGGAUCGAAAGAUGAAUGAAGCGCAGGAGCUGAGCAGAACAUCAUCAAUUCUAGCAGGGUUUCUACUGUUUCUGAACCAUUCAUUCGAAAAUCCAGAGAGAAAGAAGGCUUUGAUAACUACUAAAUCUGAAAAGAUGUUUGUUAUUCGAAGAUAUUUGCUUCAACAGUCUUUUAAAUCCCUGGAGCCGGAAAACAAUUCUUUUGAGCACCAUGUGGUUUACAUGCUUUUGGCCAAAAAUUGCAGCCUUUUGAUAGAGAUGAAGAUAUACCUAUUGCAAAUUUACUUCACCAUGUUUAGUCUGGAGUGCAAAAAACCACAAAAGAAAAACUUAGCGGUUAGAAAAAAACCUGGAAUGGGUUACACUAGGCAAAGAUCUAACGACUGUCUUAUUCCAGGCCUUCCUGAUGAUGUUGCUUUUCAAUGUUUGGCUUUGACUUCUAGAUCUUACUACUCUUCACUUUCUUGUUUAAAUAAAAGGUUUAAUUUUAUAUUUGGUUCUGGGUAUCUGUACGAGUUGAGGAGACAGCUUGGCAUCAUUGAGCAUUGGGUCUACUUAUCUUGCAGUUUAAUGCCAUGGGAGGCAUUUGAUCCCAGUCAGCUAAGGUGGAUGAGGCUACCUACAAUGCCUUGUGAUGAGUGCUUCUCUUAUGCAGAUAAAGAGUCUCUUGCUGUUGGAACUAAACUUCUGGUAUUUGGUAGGGAAUUGACUGGUUUUGCCAUUUGGAUGUAUUGCUUGGUAAGUCGUAGUUGGUGCAGGUGCCCUCUCAUGACCUUACCACGCUGUCUGUUUGGGUCUGGCAGCUCUGGUAAAAUUGCCAUUGUUGCUGGUGGAAGCGAUAAGAAUGGCAAAAUUUUAAAAUUUGCUGAGUUGUAUGAUUCAGAGCUGGGUAUAUGGGAAACUUUACCUGAUAUGAACUUGCCUAGGAAAAUGUGUUCUGGGUUCUUCAUGGAUGAUAAAUUUUAUGUUAUAGGGGGUAUGUCAAGCCACACUGAUUCUUUAACAUGUGGUGAGGAAUUUAAUCUCCAAACAAGGACGUGGAGAAGGAUUCCAGAUAUGUAUCCUGGUGAUAACAGGGCCACUCACCAGUCUCCACCUCUUGUAGCUGUUGUAAAUAACCAGCUUUAUACCGCUGAUCAGUCUACAAAUGAAGUUAAAAAAUACGAUAAAGUAAAUAAUACGUGGCAUGUUGUGAAGCCUUUACCUGUCAGAGCUGAUUCACAUAAUGGUUGGGGUAUUGCAUUCAAAUCAUGUGGUGAAAUGCUGUUGGUGAUAGGUGGACAUAGGGGGCCUCAAGGUGAAGUCAUUGUGCUGCAUUCUUGGUGUCCUGAGGAGAGAAAUAAUGGUGCAGAAUGGGAUGUGCUUUCUGUGAGAGAACGAGCAGGUUCAUUUGUAUACAAUUGUGCAAUAAUGGAAUGCUGAAGGCAGCUUUACAUGUUGGAUGCAGUGUGAGAGCUUGAGUGGGUAUGAUAAUCGUCUCAUUUAAUGGUCUAGCAGCUUUGCUGGGGUAUUUUUCUUUUCAGUCCACGUGUACUGUAAAUUUGUAGUUAUUAGCCGGCAUAACAUUUGCUCUCUGUUCAAAAGCAUUUGAAUUUUCUUUGAGAAUUUUUUCUCAUUUCCUUCUCAUUUUAGUAUUCUAGUGCUCUCUCCUCUCUUUUCCUCGAUUCUAAAUUUGGAACAGCCAUUGACAUAAAUUUGCAGAAUGUUUUUAGUUA